CUAGAAUAUAGGCGUGUGAGAGAUAAACAAAACUAACAUGCAAACCUGGCCACCUGUCUGCCUUGGUGUUCUUUAACAAUUCAUGUUUCCCUAAGGCAGUAAUGGCUCACUGUUCCACACAGAUGUUUCUGAAAUGCAUGUCCAACAAUCAUAGCCAGCUUUUAGGCGUGCUGAGCAUCUUGAUUAGUGCAAGUCAGGAACACUUCUGUGACAAGGUUAGCCGUCAUUUGCCUGGGUCGUCUUACUAGGAAAUAUGACUGCAUGAUACUCAACUUGUUAUGGGUUUUGCAUCAGGUUUGUGACUUGAUUUGCUAAAUAAUGCUUCAAAGUAUUUUAGUUGUUCACAUUAGACUUCAGAUAUAUCUAGUGUCCUUGGUGUUAGUAAGCAAUCUGUUUCAGUGAUAGGGUUUCAAAUGGCUGUAUAAUUUUGAGCACGUCACAAAAGAGGUAACAAAGUCCUUUGGGUUUUUUCACUAAAUAUUGUUAGGCCAGAAUAGCUGAACUGGAUAAAUAGUGUUCUUCACAAUUCACUGUUUAGUACAUUUUAGUGUACUAAUCACUAUAUCUGACCCGAUAACAUUGAAAUAUCCUAGCAUGAUGGGCGUCAUGAGUGCUACUAACUUGUAUGAAUGUGUAAUUCUGAAAAUUCCGUUCUCCUGAACAAAAACCCUUGUUUACUUUAUGUAUAGUGAAUCUUUCUGAAAGGGGUAUGUUAAAACGAACAAUGUGUCCAGCUAAAACAACAUACUCUAAUAACACGGUCUAUUGCUGUCCCUACUAUCUUAGUACAACAGACAGAUCUCUGUUAAGCAUAAUAUACCAAAUCAACAUCCACUUCACAGACCAGCCAAAAAGCAUUUUUUUUCUGAUUAUUUUGGCAUUGCGGACUCCUGACCUUGUGAACUUUUGCACAGGUUCUGCUUUAUGUUACAUUUUUCUCACCCAGUUAGUAUAUUCUGUUGAAAUGCUCAUAGCUCCUAACACUGGAAACAAAGCAUUCACCUUUUGCUGAUCUGCUCUUUUUUUCUUUACUUUUUUUAUUUUCUUCUUUUUCUUUCUCUCUGCUUUCUUUUCAUUUCCCUGAUCCUACAAUUAUACCAUGAAGCUUUCUCUGAAGCUGGUAAGAACUGUUUCGGCAUGCACACCUUGACUGUUGUUCUCUAGUUUAUCUUGAGGCACAACCUGGUCUGUUGUUUUUUUUUUCCAUUCAUUAUUAUAGUUUAUUAAUCUCCCCUGCCCCUCGCCGCUUUACUUAUAAUUAUUCUAUAAUAUAUUUUAUUCUCCAGAAGUCUUUUUGUGUAUUUCUUUUUUAUUUAUUAAUUAUAUAGAUAAACGUAUUCACUUUGAGUCGUUCAGAUAUUCUUAUUUCUCAUUUUUCAGACGGUUGUGCCUCUGAUAACAUCUCUUGUGCUUUGUCCCUACAACUGCAUGCAUUUUUUUUAAGCGUUGUGUGCUUUUUUUCUCUUUUUUCCUUGUUUGGUUUUCCCAUCCCUCGUGUUGUGGCUUGACAUUUUACUUAUGUAAUUAUUUGACCACUGCUUCUAAAUCAUAUAACCUUCUUUUUUUGCCAGUUCUAAAGAAAUGUCCAAGAGUUUCACGUUUUCUUAAUCAACUUAGAAAUUAAAAUUAUUAUUACCUGUAGUGUUUUUUUUUUAUUGUGUGGGUUUUUUCCAUUUAACCAAACUCUUACUGGUUUAAUAACUGACACUAACACAAACAUGUAACACCUUGGAAAAAAAAUGGCUCUGCAACUUUUCUAGAAACAACACAUUAAAGGAUCACUAUAGGGUCAGGAACACAAACCCACCAUUUAGGUGGCUUGCCCCCUUAUAAAAGUAUAAAACUCACCAUAUUUCCAGCGCUGCACGGGUCUGUCGGCGCUGGUUCUGCCCCUUUAAGCUGUAGUGUUUCUGGUGACUAUAGUGUCUCUUUAAACUUUCAGUAACAAUUUAUAUUAAUGGUUACCAAACUGAGCACCAUUUGUCUUUCUAUUAAUCUAAGAUUAAAGGGUCACUAAGCAUCAGAACCACUUCAGGUUAAUGUUUUGGUGUUAAGAGCCUGUCUCUACAGUUUUAUUUUUUUACCAGUUUUUAGUUUUUUUGUGAAUAGGCAGUGUUUAUAUUUGUCCCAAAGAACACCUUUACUGAUUUUCACUAGAGGUGCUUCUUUAUGUGUUCCUGCAAUGACCAGAAUUGGUUAUCCUCUCGCUCAGCAUAUAUACACUGAACACUCGCCAUAUCGAUGAAUUGGCAUAAUGCAUCCCCUAUGAAGAGACGCUGAUUGGUACAGUGUGGCAAUUGCUGCCUCCCCAUCCUCUCCCAUUGCUUCAUAGAUAGAUAUCAGAAUAGAUUAAAUUGUGUUCUCUGGUGAGUAUUCAGUCACCUGUUCCCUAAUAAAAGGGAGGUCCCAAUAAUUUAGUUUCAACGAUGUACUAGGACUGGUUUAUUCCUACCUAGAGGAAGACAUGACAAAGGCAAGGGUAUAUGAAUCUAUUCCAUCAUAUCAAAAUGUCCUCCACGAUCCUGUUUUAGAAUGAAAUGACUAACACAAGCAAUAACUGCGAGCUGAAUAGAACUGCAAGUGCUCAGUAGGCAAAUUGUGAUAAUGGUAAAGUGUAACAUUUAAUUCUUAAUGGAGUACUCAAUAUAUUUGUAGGGCAUUUUGUCAGCACAAUGUAGAAAGUUGAAAAGAUUUCAUAAGGAACAGGCUCAAACGGUUUCACAACAAAUAAAGAUUCUAACUAUAUUUAUCAUAUUGAUUGGAUAAGAUAGAGAGCUUCUAUCAGUGAAUAGUUUGAUUAGCUCCAUGGGUAUCAACAAAAGCUGUACUGUCAGUUUGCACCUCCAGCUGAUUAGGCAUAAACCUGGCAGAGAAAGAAUAUAACUUACAUAUGUGGUAUUUUCUCCUAAUUCCUUCAACAUUUAUGAAGAAUAAAAAAAGCAACGUCUGGAUCACACACAGGCCACCUAAAAUUUGCAGCACUUAAAAUUGGGAAAUAAACAUGAAAAGAACAGCAUAGAUUUAAUAAGUUGUCUAAUUUGAUAUCCAGUUCCCCUGUUGAUAAACCAUUUGUAAACUGUGUCCAAGUAAUGAAUUUCAGCUAUGUUAACCUUUUUCUGCUCAAAAAUGAUUGGAUGAAGUGAAACAACGGAGGAGUCUAUAUUUAAAAGAUGGAAAACUACCACAAAAAGAGGACAUAGUCUCAAAUUAGAGGGGCAAAGGUUUCAAAAUAAUUUCAGUAAGUAUUACUUUACAGAUAGAGUAGUGGAUUCAUGGAAUAGCCUUCCAGCUGAAGUGGUAGAGGUUAACACAGUGAGGGAGUUUUAAGCAUGCAUGGGAUAGGCUAAAUGCUACCCUAGCUAUAAGAUAAGGCCAGGGAAUAAUGAAAGUAUUGAGAAAAUAUUGGGAAGAAUAGUUGGACCAAGCAGUUCUUAUCUGCCGUCACAGUCUGUUUUUGUGAACUGCAUGCAGAAUUUGUUUUUUGUUUUUUCUCUCUCUCAAAAAAAAGGUUGUCUGAGCUGCUCCAGAAUUGAUAUUGUCCUGUAGAGCAAGCUUUGUUAAAUUGAUGUAGACCCUAAGCCAGCCAAAUAGUUAUGAUUUUAACUUCUGAUGACGGCUUUCUAAGGACUGCUGUGUAGAUUGACUCCUUGAGGAAUCACAAGGAAGCUGUAAUGUGUAAUAUAAACCCAGGGUUGGUAAUAUACUGUGCCUGAAGAUCUUAACAGGAUACAUUAUGGUCUCUUGUCCUCUGUUAUUAGAUUAUACAGUUAGAAAUAUGUAUUGAUGGCUUCUAUUUGAAGCAGGGAAGAGAACGCCCAGCAGUAGAUCAACUUCUCAAUUCAAAACCACUUAGAAAGUUUCCCAGUCUUUGAAAUAGAAUGCAGUGUUGCUUAGGAAAUGCUUACCUAUCCAGUUUCAAAUGACAUUUAUUGCAGACUUAUAUCAAAGAAAUUUACAGGGACUAGAUGACAAAGUCAAGAUAACAUCUGCAUUCCACUAAAAUACUGAUGGCUCACUUUAAAGGGAUACUUUAAACACCGGAACAAUUUUAGUUUAAAGUGUCUCUGUCACCAUCUAGGGUCUUUGCAUAAGUCGCAAAGAUUCCCAAUGGGGACAUUGCCGUUUGGUGUACAGCUGGAAGGGAAAGGUGAGUUAUACUUACAUGGAACUGUCGUUUGUGGGCACUUCCUUGCACUUCCGUCUGGUUCUCUUCAACUACUGGCUCUUCUGCUGGUAGGAGUACAACACUGAGGUCUAUGAAAGGUGUGAAUGCUUUUAUCUUCAGCCAUCAGUAGUGACGUCUGGGGGCUUGACAAGGCUUCAUUCUGCCUUUUUGUCAAGUGUAGGAAAAAUAGUAAGACAAAGUAUAAAGAUUUUAUAUUUAUGAGUUACUAAUUUUGAAGAGGGGUGGUGACAGAUUCACUUUACAUAAGCCGUUUUUGGUGUAUAGAUCAUUCCCUUUCAGUCUUACUUCUCAAUUCUCUGCCAUUUAGAAUAAAAAUCACUUUUGUUUCAAAGUAUGCAACCGUAUCCACACCUUUCCUGGCUGUGACUCACAAAGCCUACAUGAAAAUAUUAUUUCAAUCAGAUCUUACAGCACAAUGUGUUUACUUUAGAAGUUUUUAGGUCCUUCACUAAUUGAACUUGAAUUACACAUGAGACUCCUGCAGGCUGUAGCAGGUUAUUAACAGAGCAGAAGGGAAGAGAUUCUAAAUGAAACACAAUGUGCAAUAAAGUAAGUUUAAAAUGUAGAGCAUUCUUUCCAGAUAUUGUGCACAUAAUAUAUUGAAGUUAAUGUGGCCAUACCUUAUCAUUCCCAAGUGACUGUGUCUGCUUUCAUUUUACCAUACAGCAAACCACAUUGAUUUGAUUAGGAAGUGUUGAUGACUAAUUUUGCCCUGUGACAUUUAUCAACUCUGGUACAUACCUUUUCAAAUCUAGUAGCUGCCACAGUGAAAUAAUGCCAAAUUCACUGCAAGCUAAAAAAGGGAACUGAAUAUUUAUAAGCAAUUCUAUUUUGUAACUUGCCCCCUGUUUUGAGUUGCGCUUAGGCCCUUAACAAUGUGAGAAUUGACCAUUAUAGCCCAGUCUAGUGAUCGUGUUUGUCAUGUAGCAGUUGGGUAGUUUUAUUUAAUAAUGUUAUAUUUCAUUAAACGUCAAAAACUAAUCUACCCCAGGUAGAUAACUAAAAUAUUCCAGGUGGAGACUAAGCCAGUGGAAAUCUACUGUUCGGCAAAUCCCAUGCUUCUUACUAAACGUAUGUAUUACAUUUCUGAUUGUUGCUCUCAACUGCCAACCAUAUAUUGUAGCAGACAUGAACAUUAUUAGUCUGCUCAUUUUCAAGGUCCACUCCAUUUUAUCUACAUUGUCUGCAGUCAUUUCUUGGCAUCUGUAGAAGCAAAACUGUACUGUAAGUAAAGGAUAUUAAAAGAAAUAUAACAUUUGGUUCUUUAGAGCUCUUUCUAUGGCUUAUUGAUUUCCAUUGAGCAGAGAAUUGGAUAAGUAUGCUUUUAGGAUGGGUCCAUUAUUUUGCAUUUUUCAUUGAGACCGAUAUGUUUCCCUAGGGUGCCACCUUGUGUUUAAAAAGGAGAUAACAAGCAAAUGCAAUACUAAUUGCUUUGGUAUUGUACUUGCUAAAUUAAAGGGAAAUUAUCUUUCCAAACAAAACGUGAAUAUGUGUAAUAGCUUAGUUUAUUUAACCCUUAAGGACCAAACUUCUGGAAUAAAAGGGAAUCAUGACAUGUCACACGUCAUGUGUCCUUAAGGGGUAGAACUAUAUAGUAAUAUCUACUCACCAAUGCAGUUUAUUUGUUGGAAUAAAUCACAGAAAAUAAAUUUCAGAUUCCUAAAUUAUUUAGAUGUUGGUAAAGCUUGGGUGCUGUUUACCUAUCUACUAUAAAAGGAGAACUGUCCUUCUGUGUAGAUUAAUGGAUAAUCACCUAGAAUUUGCGAACAAUUUUUUUUUCCCAUGUGCUGUUCCAGUUUAUAUUGCGAAAUCCAUCACAUAUCAGUUGAGCCAGGGCUAUUAUUGCAAAUGAGGAGGACAAAUAGAAACGUUGUUUUCUCCUGUUAUUGGUAUUCUUUCUCUAUGCUAACUGCCAAGUGCGAAGACUACUGCUUAGAACAAUGACUGACAGGGAGUUAAAGGAUCACUAUAGGGUCAGAAACCGAAACAUGUAUUCCUGACCCUAUAGUGUUAAAACCACAAUCUAGCCCCCCUGGGCCCCUCUUGCCUCCAUAAAUAUAGCAAAAUCUUACUGUAUUUAAGCCUGACACUGUAACUCUGCAUGCUCUUUGACUCAGAAAAACAAGCAUUGUGCUGACAUCAGCAGAAAUGGUGGCCUGAUCCAAUCACAGUGCUUCCGCAUAGGAUUGGCUGAGACUGACAAAGAGGCAGAUUAGGGGCAGAGCCAGCAUGAUUCAAACAGCCAAUCCAAUCAGCAUUUCCUCAUAGAGAUGAAUUAAAUCAAUUAAUCUCUAUGAGGAAAGUUCAGUGUCUGCAUGCAGAGGGUGGAGAUACUGAAUGUUUGGAGGAAUUUUAGGCAGCCAUGACCCAGGAAGGAUCUCUAACAGCCAUCGGAGGAGUGGCCAGUGAAGUUAUCACUAGGCUGUAAUGUAAACACUGCAUUUUCUCUGAAAAGACAGUGUUUACAGCAAAAAGCCUGGAGGUAAUGAUUCUACUCACCAGAACAAAUUCAAUAAGAUGUAGUUGUUCUGGUGACUAAAGUGUCCCUUUAAGAUGGAGGCAUACAGUUGCAGGAUAAAGUAGUGUGAAUUUCUACAUUUAAUUUUUCACACCUCACAGAUGUAGUAUUUGUUAAACAUAGAGAUAAGCAAGCAAUAUGAAAAAAAUAUAUAAGCGACAGUUCCCCUUUAAAUGGUUACCUCUCAGGUCCACAUACCAUACAUGUUGUAUGAUGUUUGCUUAUUACACAGUUCCCUGGUAUGUCCUUUGAAUAAAGUUUAGCUUCUUCUCCUGUAAAUGCGAGUGAUCAUAAUAUGGAGCAUAUUUAAUCAAAUAUGAUUAUGAUAAUAAAAAUAUCAUCCCACAUAGUAAUGAAGAGGAGUUUUCUCCAAUGAGGCCUUAUCUGAUCAAUCUGCUUGCUUCAGACUGCAUCAAACUACUGAUAUAUUCAGUUACUAACCAAUCGUCGGAAAGAGGACUUGCAUAUGUUCAUAGAAAUGCAUAUCAUUCAGACUUGCACAGAACAUUAAUGAGACUGAAAUAAAAACAUUCUAUGUCAGGACUGUGCAACCAGAUAUGCAGGUGAAAUUCUGUUUCUAUAAAAUCCUAGCCCACUGAAGCAUUGUAGUCCUGACCACCCAAUGUAAACUUUGGACAGUUCUUAAUUUUAUCAUUCUGGUGAGAGGCUCUCUCUUGAUGGAGAAAUCAUAUCCUAUCAGAGAUUAUGGCUGUCCGUGUGUUGUUCCUUUUAAUUUGGCAUGUGGUGCAUGCUCAUAGCUAUUGCAUGCGGUAAGAACUGAUAGUAAACAUGACAAUGCAGUGUUUUGGUUUCCACCAGGGGGCCACUCCUGAGGACUUCAGCAACCUCCCUCCAGAGCAAAGGCGAAAAAAACUACAACAAAAGGUGGAUGAGCUUAACAAAGAUAUCCAGAAAGAGAUUGACCAGAGGUAAGAAAUGAAUGAAUGAAUUUAAACCAAACUUCAUUCUUGCAGUAACCUUCAAGCACUACUGCAAUUUUAAAUGCAGAAACCAAUGAUGAUGUCCCACUGAUUAUGUUUUUUAUUAUUAGUUAUUAUUAUCAGCAUGUUAAUGCAGAAAUAUAGUAAAUUUAAAUUUAAAAAAGUACAUUCCUAGACUAGGAAGAAGCACCACAGAUCAGGAGCCUCUGGUUUUCUUAUUCCAUAAACGCCAGCCAUGCAGUGGUUUGUAGGAUAAGCAUUAUCCAGGCACCAUUCCAAUCUAAUCUGAUGAGUAUAACUGCUCAGUAAACUGACGGCAGCCAGGUAUGUUAGUGAAACAGUGUGUAAUGAUCUCCAUAGCUGCUGAUUAUGGAUGCGUGUGUCCGUGUCUUGAGCUUUUUCCAAAGCUGGGGAGAGCUGUUCACGUUGGAUGGAUCUUGGAUGAAGUUUAAUUUCUUCUUUAACCCCUUAAGGACCAAACUUCUGGAAUAAAAGGGAAUCAUGACAUGUCACACAUGUCAUGUGUCCUUAAGGGGUUAAAGUCAAGGUGCCAGUCUUAAAGCUGUGUCGAUUUUCAGAGUCAUUUCUGUUCCUACCAAGGUCAAAGUGUAAUAAGGCAGUAAUUUCAAAAAUAUUUAAAUGUGUAUUUAAUCCAUCUUCAAAACAAUGUAGCCUGCAACAUUUCAGUCAUAAUGGUCUUCUUGAUGGUUGUUUGCUUUGAUUACGUGGGGACCUUAAGUGGAGUACUGUAGGUUGAACCAACAGUAGCACAGCGUGAGUGCUGGUCCCACAUCAAGGUUGGUUCAGCAUUUCAUCUUUAAUCAAUACAAGUAUCACCAUUAACCCUUCAAGGACACAUGAUGUGUGACAUGUCAUGAUUCCCUUUUAUUCCAGAAGUUUGGUCCUUAAGGGUGGCACUGUAAUGCUGUACUUACCGUUUCCAAUUUGCUUUGUUGUUUCUUCCUUUUUACUUCUGUCUUUUUUUUUUUUUUUCAUUUUUAAUUUAUUUCUAACUAAAAACAUAAGACAAAGUAGCGACUAUUUUAUCUUGUGUAUUUUUCCUACACCUGACAUUAUUAGAAAAUGGGCAGAGCUACAAUGUCAAUCCCAACAGCCAUCACCAGUGAUGACUGCAGGGAUUUGGCUCUGUCUGUAGAGUAUCUGGGAUGCAUGUGUGAGAGUACAGCAGUGACGAUGGAUCCUGGCGCUGAAGCAUCAAGAGCUGAAGAUUGCCUGCAGAAGAUGAUGGCGGUACCUGCGAGGGACAGGUUCAGGUAAGUAGAAAUAACUUUUCCCCAAGGCGGCAAAUUCUGCGAAGUCCACAGACGGUGACAGUGCUGCUCUAAUUUGGGUGGUAACAUCCCAGGAUGAGAUGCUGCCUUAUACUAGCUAAAAGCUGAAUAUACGCUUCCUGAUUACAUCAUACUAUAUAUUUUUUAGUGUACUCAUGAGAUAUUUUUUUUUCUUUGUCUACUGAAAUGUUGUUUUUCCUAGCAAUCACUAAUAGGAAAGCUAGAUUUUGGGUUCCACUAAAUAGAGAAAAGUAGAUCCUUGAACAUAUACUUACAGUCUCAAUUCUAACUGACAGAGAUGCCUUAACGAAAAUGAAAGAUGUGUACACGAAAAACCCACAGAUGGGAGACGCUGCCAGUGUGGGUCAGAAGCUGGCAGAAAUUGGACACAACAUUGAAAAAUUGCGUUUUGAGGUUCAGAAAUUCGAGGUGAGGAAUUGUGGACAUUUAUAUAACUAUGAUUCUUAGCUUAAUAUCAUGCAUGUUAUCCUAUUAGCAAUGGUUUUCUAAGAAGGGCUUAUGUUUUUAUUCUUCCCGUUCUGCCACUUGAGCAUAAUGUCUCGUCUGCGUGGUUUUCUGAAGCCCCAAAUGUUGCUAUAUGAUACAGAGAAUCAGAUAAAACUGCUUGGUUUAUUAUUCCUUUAGAUAAAUUGCUCCCAUUGCUAAUUAGAAGCCAUGUAAGUAGAACUGUAAAACAUUUACUUUUAAAACCAAUCUUUUCAGUCAUCAUUGUAGCAGAUGUACAAUUUAUUUUAUUACUUGUUGAAUUCACAUCCCUAUAUAAUGCAGCCUAAGGUUGCCCUUUUUGGUCUGCUGUCGGUAUCUGCACACUUUCUUGGACUAUUCAGAGGUGUGAUAGGUGGUGGUCAAAUCCUAGUCAGACCACCUUAUUAGUAAGUGUCCAUGGGCAAGACACCUAGCAACAUAUAUACACCUACCUCAAAUCCUCAUAGAUUGUAAGAUCUUUUUGAGCAAGGCCUUUUUAUUUCUAAUAUCCCCAUUAUAUAAUUGUAAAAUGCUGAUGAAUAUGUUGAUGCUAUACAAUUGCUAAUAACAAAAUAUCACCAGCCAUUCAGAGAGUGUAACAUUAGUUACACUAAAGUAUUGUAAGAGCAACCAGUGAAUAGUCAAGGCUUGCUUGAGUAACCUUGUGAAGGAUGUUUUUUUUUCCCUCUACUAGCUUACAUUACUUCUCUUUCAUUACAUAAAGCAAUUAAAAACUAAAACUGAGUGGGUCUUUAUUGGCAUUCUCUUGAGAGCUGUUCUGUGAAGUUGGCACUGUGCAGUACACUCAGAUCUCUUUGCAGGGCUGGCUGGCAGAAGUAGAAGGAAGGCUUCCUGUGCGGAACGAUAACUCUCGCCGGCAGAGUGGGCUCUAUGAAACCCAAAACACAACAACGGCUAAUAACUGUGCUCAAGACCGAGAGAGGUACAGUAUAGUAUAUGUGAGGGAAGCCUUUCUGAAUAGCAUUGUUAUUCUGCUGACAUUGCAUGAAUAGCUAUAAAUACAUGUAGGAUCAGUGUCCCCAGAGUUUAUAGAACAUAUGUUUUGUAAUGGCAGGCUAAGUUUGCCACGUUGCCAUUAAUGCAAGGGUUGCGGCAAAAAAAUUGUAAACACUACUGCCCUGAAACACAUUAUUUUAUAAAUGUAAUUUCAGACUGAAUUUAUAAAUUAUUCUGGGUUUAAAAGGACUUUUCUUGUAUCCACACCCUCCACAUAUCAUAACUUGGUUAUUCUUUAAACACAAGCAGUGGAAGAACCGUAGUGCCAUGAAAACAUAUCUUGGAUGUUUCCCUCUGGAUUUCAUAUUUCAGUUCAGGAAUUCAUGAUGUGUCUAUUGCCCCUGAUGUCUCAGAGAAUGUACUACUGGGGGAGAGUUGCACCUACUGGGCUUACUUCUCCACCCCCAGUAAUGUUCAUUGCACAAAUACACUGGAAGCAUUGUGGCCAGUCUUCUGUUUAAACUGUCAUGCAUGUUGAUUUACAUGUAAUACACAUAGCAUUAUUUCCAUAUAACAAAAUGUACUUUUAUUAUUAUUAAAUUGGUUGUUAUGCAACAUGAGUGUUAUUUUAUUUCUGCAUCUUUAUAGAUAUUUUGCUAAAUAUUGUACAGUGUGGAUACUACUUUUUUUUGUUUUGGAUUUUGUAAUACUGAAGAUGUUUGUGAAUUCACACCUUAAGUAAAAAGAAAAAUAAAACAAUUAUGUGGCUGCUUGUGCAGUCCAGAUAAUUUGUUAUUCUUUCAGUUUUUUCGUUCCAACUAUUCAGACUGAAUGUAGUAAUGUGCUGUUCAAAACAUGCACUUAUUGUGAAAUGGACUGAUCAAGACACAAUAUAUGUACAAGUGACCAGUCCUGGAGUAUGUUGCUAUAGUGGUUGUAUUGCUUUAUCUCUUGAGCAGCCCAGAUGGCAGUUACACGGAAGAUCAGAGCCAGGAGACAGAAGUGAAGGUCACCCCCACAGAGUUCGAUGACGAUUUUGAUGAUGAGGAGCCCCUUCCUACGAUAGGAACGUGUAAAGCCCUGUAUCCCUUCAGUGGUAAUUUCGUAUUCCUCCUUUGGUAUCAAUGUAUUCUUAAUUUUUUUUGUUUGUGUUACUUUCUAGCACAGGACCAUGCUGUAUUGUCAGAACCUUCCUCACUUUCACAUUCACAAUGUAAUUAUUGGUUACUCAUCAUGCCACUAUCAUGCAAUACAAAAACAGAUGACCGAAGUAUAAUUAACUAUCCCAAUUUUUUACUUUUGUUAUGAUGAUUCUCAUGUUGUGAUAAUUAUGAAACCUUACGGUGCCAUUAAGUUCAAUGUCAUGUCUGCAAAAUUCUGAAGAAGACAAUAGGAAUGUCAUGCUGGCUUCCUUCUGGGUUCACAAAAUGUUUCCAUUAAAGCCAGGGUCAUAGUUUUGUCAUUGAGGAUUAUUAUGGUAAAGAUUUACACACUGAAUUUGUUGACCUGCUGAGCUAGACUCUUUCCUGUCCUGUCCCAAGCUGCUGUUGGACUGCUACUCCUAUAAUUAUCUGACAGUGCCAGAGAUUGACAACCCUGGAAUGAAAGGAAGCGCCAAGCCCCUAGGUUGCAAGAAUGCAGUAAUUGUUUACUUUAUUAAAGCAGAUGCUCAAAAAUUAUUUUAUUUCAUGAUAUUCAGCUAGUUUAGCUUCAUGUAUAGGUUGAGUGAGUAUCAUGAGAAAUUAAUUUAUUUUAUCAGACAUCUGCUUUGCAAAGGUUAGAUAUCACUUGAAAAAAAACUUUUUGUUUUUCAUAAAUGAAAGCCAAAAAGUAUUUACUCAGCAUUCCCAGCAGAAAAAUUCAGUAUUCCCAUAGAGAGCUGUAGGAGGAUCGGGGUUGGCAUGUAAAGAGAUUUCUGAGACAGAUGAGUUACAGACAGAGAAGGGCAAGUCAGAAAAAGUGAAUUACUAAAAGGCGUUUUAAAUUUAAAGGAACACUUUAGCAUUAGGAAUACAAAUCUGUAUUCCUAACGCUAUAGUAUCCCUGUCCCCAUUUGGUUUCAAAUUCCCCCCUCCAUGCACAAUAAGAGUGAAAUAUUUUGCUGACCUUCUCUCCAGCCUCGAAUCUCCCUUGGCUCUGCCACCAGUCUUCCAUGAGUGACGUCAUCCUGGAGUUGUGCCUCCAGUAUCACAGUCCAUUUCCAUGCUUCUUGUGGAGGAGCACAGGAGACCGUAGACACAUGUACAGCGUAGUAACUGGUCUGUUUUUUCUCAGUUGGAUAAGUCUUUUAUAUAUAGAUAUAUCUUCUUUGGUUGAAAGCCCGCCAGUUUAAUAUACAUCUAUAUUAACCAAAAAGUACUAAAACGCAAUCUGACAUUCUUUAUAAAAAAAAAAAUGCAUUUAUUCUACUUCAAAAGCAAACAAUAAUAUACUUUAUUAUACAGAUGGUAUUUCUUAACGUUGUUAAAGAGAGUGAGAGAUCUUAAGUAGCCGUCUUAAUAUCAACAAGUCAGGAACACACCAGGAGAGUGGAUCGUAGGAGCAAGAGAGAGCGUGGUCCUUUGUCCUCCGUCCUUUAUAGGCAAAAUUGCGUCAUAACUUUUAAUUUAGACUCUGGCCACAUAGCAAAACUCCCCAUAUAAGGACCCUACCCCCAAUCUCCUUAUACAGUACAUUCCAGAGUCCUCAUGGUACAGAAUAGCAAACACCAUCUGUUCUUUUUAACCCAUUAGACAGCCACACCUUAAUAUGUAAUAUUCUACAUACAGCGCUUGCUGCAGUGCGCCUAUGAUUCUGCAUUAGAGAAUCAUUGCAUGCAAUGAUUCUCUAUGACAGACCGUGACGACACUGCACGUGCACAUGGCAUCACAGCAUGUCUCGGUAUGAGAGCCGUAAGUAACAGUCCCAGGCCUCCAUCCCAUAGUAGUUGGAGGCAUGACUUAAAGCCGCUCUUCAAAUCUCAAAACUAUUAAAAGAUUACAUUGUAGGGGGUAGGACAAAAAACACUAACAGCUUCAAUAAGAUUAAAUUAAUAUAGUGCCUACAGUGUUUCUUUAAGGUCAAAAUAGCUGAAGUGGAAAGAAUUCUUUUAAAGGAUUACUAUAACCCUUUUUCACAACCUCUUUAGCCUAACAAUUACCUAUUUUAGAAGUGCUUGUAAGCCCCCUCUUCCCCCCUGCAGUGAAACUCCCGGCGCUGAUAUCCCUCUCCCUCUUCCAUCUGACAUCACAGUGGUCCGCGCAUGGUCCAAUCACAAGCUUCCCAUAAAGAAGCCUAUGAUUGGAGUUUUUUGCCAGCUCAGAGCACAUGCAUACAAGCGGAACCGAUGAAGGGAGAGGGGAGGGAGGGAAUUAUAUGAGCAACAAAGGGCGUCUGGAGGGAGGAAGGGAUAAGCAGUCUUCCCCUUGCAAAAGAUUUUUAUGUCUUUUGUCAGCGCGCCGACAACAGACGUUAAAAAUGCACAGAAUUGAUAUUAUGCAGCCUGGAACAGAGCUUAUACCACCAUUAUUAUUUUAAAUCCCUGAAGUAGUAAUGGUAGUUAGAGUAACCCUCUUGUCAGCUUUGAAUUGUCACAGGCAAGUUCCUUUUAAUAUAAUAUCUUCAUAAAUCAUAAUAAUUGGUUGUAAAGUUUACCUGGAUUCUCCCUUUAAAUCCAUAGCGAAGACUCAGAAUUACUUGUGUAGCGAGAAAACAGAGAUACUGGUUCUAUAAAAGAUGAUUACUCCACAAACUUCCUUUCCUGCCACCAGUAGUGUGUGUGAGCAUUGCCCAAUUAUGAUUUUUGUAUAAUAUUAAAAUAAAGUGCACAGGACAGGGUGUAGACCAUGACUUCCUUUUAGGCACGCUGUUCAUGUCUGGAAUGGGAUAACUGUUGUCCAUGAUGAAUAAUAUUUUUUCAGAGUAUUUUUUUGCUGUUAUUUCUUGAUUCUUUUGGUAAAUAACACGAGUAAAGGGGAUGCCUGUCUCAAUCAUUUUUCCAUUAAGAACUGACUUUGACCUUAUCUUGCUAGGUGAAAAUGAAGGAACCAUAUCUGUAGCAGAAGGUGAAGUAUUGAACGUCAUUGAAGAAGACAAAGGUGAUGGCUGGACGCGAAUCCGUAGGAACGAAGAUGAGGAGGGUUACGUUCCAACAUCCUAUAUUGAAGUUUAUUUGGACAGAAAUGCCAAAGGUGCCAUGACUUACAUCUAACUCUAUCUUUCCACACUGUUUCUGCGGGAGGGAAGCAGCGACUGGCAUCUAUUAGCUUAGUCACUGGCAUUGGGGAUACGGAAAAGAAACACGUGCACUGUUGCCAUUUGCAAUCUCUUAGCUAUCUCUCUCCUUUUGGCCAUCUAAGUGACCUAGUGUUUGCAUUCAGCUAUAUAAAGAAACAACUCCUAAAUGCCCAUGUUUCAAAAAGAUUUAGUUUUAGUCAUUUCCUUAAUGGACCGCGAAUUGUGCCGGACUUCAACUUGCACCUAACUAACGUCCAUAUCUUUCAACCCUUAAAGCCUCUUUAGCAGGGUUGUAUAAUGCCAGCCUCCGGCUGAUUUUGCACUAAAGUUCACAUAAUUAUUGACCAGCCUUACAGGAGGCAGAGUGGCAUUUAUUUGUUCUCCAAGAGUGUUGUAGAUCAUAUCUCAGGAGUAUCAAAAUGUGGUUCACCAUUUAUUUUUGUGCACUUACAAAUCUUGACCAGCCAUUACAUAUGGGGGCCUGCUUGGACUGUCCUUUCACCUGGUGAUACAUGGAAUAGGCCAUAUACACAAAGGGCCCCAAUAAUAAAUAGCUGUACGGGUUGGUUAACUUCACCUGAAUCACUGCACAUCAGUUUUGCUUUUUUUUUUUUUUUUUUUAAUGUCUGUUAUUGAGGUAGGGUAAUCUACUGGAAACCAUGACAGUGAUUUUGAACCAAUCUGAUGCAGUAUGCUUGCAGUGGCAUUAUAUAGGUUGGUCUUAAUCUAGUAGCAGAUUUUUCCACAAUCUUAACGGCCACGGCUGCAAGUCCUAAUCCUAAUCCGUAUCAACAGGAGGCCUUCACUGCCUGACUUCAACAGAAAUCUCUCAGAUUAUUAACAUAUUCCAAAUGAUCCUUCAGCGGUUAUAUUCACAUAGACAAAUUAAAUUUAUUUAUAAUGAUAUUUUAACAUGACAAUUAACCACUGAAUUGUGCAAUAUUACACAGCAGUGAUAGAAAAUCUCUAUGGACAGAGGCGUAUUGUUUUAAAUAUAUAGGAGGACUGGCAAACUGCGGUCCUUCAGUUUUGGAUUUCCCUGAUUUCUAGAUCAUUUUUAUAUUUAUUUUUUAUGCGUGUGUGCUGUCAUUCCUUCUGCAUGGAACAUUUGUCAUCAGCUUUUAUAGCAUGUUAGAAUGAUUUAUGUACAAGUGACAGAGAAUGCAUGUUUUUGUUUUACGGUUUGCAAGGCUUGUACUUUUUUUGUUCUUACAAUGUGUUUUAAACCAUAAUUCAUUCACCACAUAUAUGCAACAAUUAUUAAUUCAUUAAGUUUGUGGUUUAUGUUUUUUGUUGUUUUGUUUUAGGUUUUUUUAAAGGGGCCUGUUGCUCUUAAUUCUCUUUCAAAAAUAAAUUCCAUUAUUUUUUUCAUAUCUCUGUGGUUUGUUACAUCAAUAACACAUUUGGGAAAUAGUGUAGGCAGAUUGAGGUGGUGUUCUUUUUUCAGUAAACACUCAUGAUACUCAGCCAAUCCAAUAUCUAAUACCUAAUGUUUUUUAUAUUAUAAUUACUGACAUGUCUUUUCUGGUUAAACAUAAUGUGUUAAAAUAAUAUAUUCACAAAGCUGAAUUGUAAAGAGUUCAGAUGGAGAUUGCAGGUUUAUAAUGAAAAUAACCAAAUUGGUAAAAUUCUUUAACAUUUUGUAUUUGUGCUGUUUUGGCCUGAGACUUACAAUUCCAUUGUCAUUUUUUCCUAAUUCCCAUUUUAGUGCAUAGCCUAUAAAAGCCAAGUGAAUUUAAUUACAAAAUAAUCCAUAUGCUAUGCUGUUUUGAGGAUAGAUUUUUCUUUAAUGUGAUUUUGUGAAAGGCCUGAGCAGGUGUAACUGUUUAGUCUUUUGAGUUUAUGCUGCCUUGUACUUGUUUGUUAUCAGAGGUUCUAAUGGUAUGUGUGUAUUUCACUCAGAAAGUUAUACAUAAAAAUAUAUGGGAACAUGUUAAGUAUACCAGGCAGAUUGUGGUAUUUUACUUUCUAACAUGAAACUUUUGUUUUGUUUUUUCCUUUUGUUUUUGUUUGUGUGUGUGUUGUUUUUCAUGUUCCAGAUUCCUAAAGGUGUGCUGGUGCAAGGACUUUCGGGGCGAGCUAUAUAGAGAAGGAUUGUGUACACCCCACACGCAGUCCCAAAUCAACAAUCUGACUCUCUUAUGCAGAAAGGAGCACUUAAGUUAGUUAAAUGAACCUGUCCAAAUCGCACUUUCACCACCAGCCUCCGCUUUCCACCACUCUCUCCAUGCUCCUGACAUGCAACUUAUACAUGUUACGCAGGUUCUCUAAACACCAUAAUUGGUGACAUCCCACUUGGGUCAAAUAGCCUUAAAUAUACUUUGAACUAUUAUCUUCAUUUAGCAGAGCUCAAAAUGAAAUUAGUUAUUUAACCAUUUGUUGUUAUUAUUUUAUAUUUAUUUUUCACAUAGUUAUUAAUUACCACAUUCAUUAAAAAAAAUAACUCAUAGUAUAUAAAGUUUGAUAUUGCAAAGUUCCUAAUAACUUUUAUAUACUGUUCUAUUGUAAUAUCAUUAUAAAAUUACAAAUUAAAUUUAAAAGUAGUAAGGGCUGAAUUAGAAUACAAUUAUUUUAUGAUUGAUGCUCUAUUUUGUGAAAACUGUGCAGCUCAUAUAAUAAUUUACCAGCUCCAUUAAAAUAUAUGUUAUGAAAGUAUUAAGGUACACAGAGGUUUAUGAACAAGUUUUUAAAGUUUGCAACUUACUCCGAGUUAUUGCCCUUAUAAUAACUCAGUUGUUAUUGCCCUUAUUAUUGAAUUUUUUUAUUCUGUUGUCCAUUCUAUUAAUUAGAAGGUAACCCCCUAAGAGUGAAAAUAAUUAUUUGGAGCUGUUUGAAACCUACACACAGGUAUGUGUAAAAACAUGCCGACAAUAUGCAUAAGUGUUUGGGCAUUCUGAACAAGAUUCAGAUAAUUUAUCUUGGAGCUUGUCUAGCUUUCAACUUGUUGGACAGGACGGUGAUUUUUGGCAAGCUGGCUUCAUAGCAGAGCUAAUAGUAGACUUCCCCUUGCUUUAGAGAGGAGAGAACCUGUGCAACACUGCUUUUUCCCUUCCCAUGCUUUCUCCAUACCUGCCACCUCUCACAUGACUUGUCCCAUGCAUUACCUCUUGAUUUGUCACUGUCUGGUUUGAACUCUUAAGUGCCCUUUCACACCUGGUCACUCUUUGUUCUGCGUGCAUGCUCGCCCUGUCUCCUUGCCUACGCUCACCUCAGGGUCACCCUAAAUUAUUUUGGGUUUCUAAUCCUCCUGCUGCAUGAACGCCACAUGCAUCACCAUCUUCCAGUACAUGCCUCUAAGAAAGGGUUGGGUGGUGACAGUGGUUUCAAGAGAAGACACUUCUACUUCCCUGGUGGACACCAUUCCUUAGCUAGCAGACUACCACCCUCUUGCCUUCAUCUGGAUAAUGGUUUCUUAAACCUAGUUUUUCACUAGACUUAACAAGUUUCUCACAUAUCAGACCUCAGCCAUUUUAGUCAUUGGAGACUGGGCAGAACCACAACUCAACAGAAGAAACCAUACCACUUGUUUACAUCUCAAUGGACACUCAGAAGAUGCAUCGCAAGGCCAACUGCUGCAUAUGGAGCAAAGGCUUCUCAGAGUUUCAUAAAGUCCUGGAAUGAUCAUUGUUGCAUAUCUAAUGAGCAAGUCAAGAUCCCCCCCAAAAAUUCAAAAUAGGUAGCCUUCAUCAACGUAAUAUUCAUAUGCAAUUCAGCAACUAUAAGCAAGGACUUGUACUCCAUUCAAAACAUAGAGUUGUGUAUGUUCACGUAUGUGUAGUUUUUUCCUCUGACCCUUUGUCCAAUUUUUAUAAAACACCGUGGCUCAGUUAGGUGCAGGCUGUCUGCUAUUCAACAUUUUAUGUGUUUUUGUUUUUUUCACCUUCCGGAGAUCUUAAAACCCCAAGCAGCACCUGCUUUAAAAGAGUGACUAGUGUUUUGUGUGUUCACGUGGCAAACAAAUGUAAUUUCUAGAGCUUCUUGUAGACUUAGUCUUGAUGGACAGUAUAUUAUUGUCAGCACUGGUGGCACUCCCACAGUUACAUUGCUAUUCAUGUUAUUCAACUUACCAAGAAGUCUAUUUCAUGGAUCUUACAUCUGCUUCCUCUGAGGUCAUCUUCAGUGCUAAAAAUUCCAAUACAAAAAAAAAACCACACUUUCAUUAUCAGGGGAUAAAGUCCCAUAACUGUUUUGCGCUCAGCCCAAGUUAGCAGAAAAGAAAAAAUUUAAAUAAGAAUAUAUAAAUGUAAAUAUAAGGAAAGAUAUUCCCUUGCCAAAGCUGUUACGUUCAUGUUUUCCAAGAUAAACUGCAAAUUUUUAUGCACUAUUGUUUUUAUUCAUGGUCUACCCGACUGUCUGUUUUUGCUUUCCUUGCUUGAAGUGUUUUAGAGAUUUAAAGAGAAAAAUACUGCCAAAUUGUACAGUUCUAUUUUAAACUAAAAUAUAUUAAGCACCUUUCACUCCCUACCAUUUUGUUUUUGCUGGUUUUAAACACCUAUUUGAUGCAAAGUUUAUCACUCAAUUUCUGCAAAGUCUGUAAUGUUUAGUAUUUUUGUGCCAACCAGAGAAAAAGAUCUGCAUCACAAGGUAGAUCUGAGCCUCACUGUGUUAGCAGAGAAGCUUAUAGGCCAGGGGUUCACAGCUCGGGUCUAAUGGGCACAACAAGCUCGUGGGUUGUAACAGUUACUGUAUUAAAUUUCCUUUUAUUAGAUCAUAGAGCCACACGAUUGUGUAGGCCUGCCUGAAGCCUAUAAAGGACACAAGCUGUUUUCCUCUGUUGCAAACAGAAAGAACACAGAUAAGCUUUGAGAACCCAUUGCCAUAAGCAUGAUACAGUUUGCCAUUCAGUUCUGAGAACUGCAGUACUGCUAGAAAAUAAACUAAUAUGCCAAAUUUGUGUUGGCUUCCACCAUUUUGUCUUCUUUCAUUUCCUGAGCAUUUUUGGUCUGGGAGAAUCUGGUAACAAAUGCACUAUGCUCGAUCCAUGGUAAGUGUACACAUAUUGUAAUUAACCAAUUUGUGGACAAAAAUAAUAAUCUAG